UAUUGUCACACAUUGAUAAACAUGUGAUCUUUGCUGAAAUAGUUGGCCACGAAUUUAUUCUUUUUUUCGAUUCAAUUUUUUUUCUUGGAAUCAAAUCAUGGCAUUCCUUCUUCAAUGUUGUUUUCAAUCAUACACAAGAAAUGCAUUAUAUCGAUUAUCACCGAUAUCUUCAUCGAUAUUAAACAUUGAUUCGAAUAAUUUAUUCACAAGCCAAAAACGUUAUGCUGCUCGAAAAGGUAAACGUAUAGCGGCGACACGUGAAAAACAAAAAUUAGCUCGUUUACGUCGUAUGGAACAGAAAGUUGAGCCACCGAAAGAAUGGAAACCACAAAAAUUAUCGGUAGAUAAAUCAUUGAAAGCAGUGAGUAAAAAAUUCAACGAUGCAGAUCGAAAAAGAUUAUCGGAAAUAGUUGAUAAUGUUAUCGUCAUGGAUCAAUAUAAAGAACGUAAAUAUCCAUUCACUGAAGUAAUGGCUAUGAUUCGUGAAACUCAUCAACCAGAAUUAUACGGUGAACCAGAUGCUUUGGUUGAAGCACGUAUCGAUUUAGAUCUACGAACAAAGAAGAAAACAAAAUUUGUUAAUCGUUUUACCGGUAUUGUUUCAUAUCCAAAUAUAUUUCAGUUCGCUAUUAAACGUAAAGUGAUUGCUUUAUGCAAAACUGAUGAAGAUGAAGAACAAGCCCGAAAAGCUGGAGCAGAAUUAGCCGGAUCAAGUGAUAUCAUUAGAAUGCUUAAAGUUGGUGACAUAACAUUGGAUAAUUUCGAUGAUCUAGUAUGCCAUGGUGAUAUGCUUAUUGAAUUGAACACUAUCCGUGGAAUGGUUGGAAAUUAUUUUCCCACCAAACAACGUGGUAAUAUUGGUUUCGAUAUGGAACGUUUAGUUCGUUAUUUUAUUAAUGGCAUUGAAUAUAAAAUGAUCAAAGAUGAUAUUGAACCAGAUUAUGGUUUCGUACGAAUACCAUUCGGUCGUUUAAAUCAAAAUGACGCGGAACUUGAAGAAAAUUUUCAAUGUUUAUUAAAAGCAAUCGAUUCAAAUCGACCUGGUCAAGGUGUAACAUUUGAUUUUAUAACAAGAAUAUUGAUAUCAUCAGAACCAUCACCUGAAAAAUUUCCAAUUACAUUUUGGAAUCAUAUUGAUGACUAUGAAGAUCCUACAGCCGAAGACAAUGAUGAUGAUGAUGAAGAAAUGAAAAAGCAAAAAGCCACAAACAAGUGACCGAUUAAUGAUCGAAAUUGAAAUUUGUAUAUAAAUGUGAUUUAAUGAUUAAAAUAUAAAAGUGGAAUAAUGUUUUUUAAACAAGAAAAAAUAAAUUAGAUAAAUCGAGAUGGAUAGAUUUUGAUGAUUGGCCAAUACUAAAUAAAAAGUGUG